CCCUGGCGAACCCGCCCGGGAACUCUGCGGGAGUCCGGGCUGCUCCGCUCCCAGAGACCCAGGAGUUGGGCCCAGCGUCCACCCCGGAGCUGCAAGAUGAUCCCCGUGGCUGAGUUCAAGCAAUUUACCGAACAGCAGCCAGCAUUCAAGGUGCUCAAACCCUGGUGGGACGUGCUGGCCGAGUACCUCACCAUAGCGAUGCUCAUGAUUGGGGUCUUCGGCUGUACCCUCCAGGUGACACAGGACAAGAUCAUCUGUCUGCCCAGUCAUGAACCCCGGGAGAACUUAUCAGAGGCUCCGUGCCGGCAACUAUUGCCUCGGGGGGUCUCUGAGCAGAUGGGAGGUCUCCGGCAGCUCAGCGGCCUCAAGAACAACCUGGACCUGCAGCAGUACAGCUUCAUCAACCAGCUGUGCUACGAGACCGCCCUCCACUGGUACGCCAAGUACUUUCCCUACCUCGUGGUCAUCCACACACUCAUCUUCAUGGUCUGCACCAGCUUCUGGUUCAAGUUUCCUGGCACCAGCUCCAAGAUCGAACACUUCAUCUCCAUCCUGGGCAAGUGUUUUGAUUCACCGUGGACCACACGGGCCUUGUCUGAGGUCUCUGGAGAGAACCACAAGGGCCCGGCUGCCGGACGGGCUGCAGCGAUCGUGGUGACCACAGCGGGGACAGGGACAGGGAAGACAGGUGAGGGAGAGAAGGAAAAGGUGCUGGCAGAGCCUGAGAAGGUGGUGACUGAACCUCCUGCCGUCACCCUGCUGGACAAAAAGGAGGGCGAGCAGGCAAAAGCCCUGUUUGAGAAGGUCAAGAAAUUCCGAGUGCACGUGGAAGAGGGUGACAUCCUCUACACCAUGUACAUCCGGCAGACGGUGCUCAAAGUCUGCAAGUUCUUAGCCAUCCUGGUUUACAACCUGGUUUAUGUGGAGAAGAUCAGUUUUCUGGUGGCCUGUCGGGUGGAGACCUCAGAAGUCACCGGGUAUGCCAGCUUCUGCUGCAACCACACCAAGGCCCACCUCUUCUCCAAGCUGGCCUUCUGUUACAUCUCCUUCGUGUGCGUCUAUGGCAUCACCUGCCUGUACACCCUCUAUUGGCUGUUCCACCGGCCCCUCAAGGAGUACUCCUUCCGUUCUGUGCGGGAAGAGACAGGCAUGAACGACAUCCCUGACGUCAAGAACGACUUUGCCUUCAUGCUGCACCUCAUAGACCAGUAUGACUCGCUCUACUCCAAGCGCUUCGCUGUCUUCCUCUCAGAGGUCAGUGAGAGCCGCCUGAAGCAACUCAACCUCAACCACGAGUGGACACCUGAGAAGCUUCGGCAGAAGCUGCAGCGCAAUGCGUGGGGCCGGCUGGAGCUGGCCCUCUGCAUGCUCCCUGGGCUGCCGGACACUGUCUUUGAGCUCAGUGAGGUGGAGGCGCUCCGGCUGGAGGCCAUCUGUGAUAUCACCUUCCCCCCGGGCCUCUCGCAGCUGGUUCACCUUCAGGAGCUCAGCUUGCUCCACUCACCUGCCCGGCUGCCCUUCUCCUCACAGAUCUUCCUGCGGGACCGCCUGAAGGUGAUCCGCGUCAAAUGCGAAGAGCUCCGCGAAGUGCCCCUUUGGGUGUUCGGGCUGCGUGGCUUGGAGGAGCUGCACCUAGAGGGCCUGUUUCCUCCAGAGCUGGCUCGGGCUGCCACCCUGGAGAGCCUCCGGGAGCUGAAGCAGCUCAAAGCGUUGUCCCUACGCAGCAAUGCCGGGAAGGUGCCAGCCAGCGUGGCUGAUGUGGCAGGGCACCUGCAGCGGCUCAGUCUGCACAAUGACGGGGCCCGCCUGCUUGCCCUCAACAGCCUCAAGAAGCUGGUGGUACUGCGGGAGCUGGAGCUGGUGGCCUGCGGGCUGGAGCGCAUCCCCCAUGCCAUCUUCAGCCUAGGUGCGCUGCAGGAGCUGGACCUCAAAGACAACCAUCUGCGGUCCAUCGAGGAGAUCCUCAGCUUCCAGCACUGUCGGAAGCUGGUCACACUCAGGCUGUGGCACAACCAGAUUGCCUAUAUCCCCGAGCAUGUGCGGAAGCUCAGGAGCCUGGAGCAGCUCUAUCUCAGCCACAAUAAGCUUGAGACCCUGCCGACUCAGCUCGGCCUGUGCUUGGGCCUCCGGUUGCUGGAUGUGGCGCACAAUGGGCUGCGUUCCCUGCCACCCGAGGUGGGUCUCCUCCAGAACCUGCAGCACCUGGCUCUCUCCUACAAUGCCCUCGAGGCCUUGCCAGAGGAGCUGUUCUUCUGCCGAAAGCUACGGACAUUGCUUCUGGGGUAUAACCACCUGAGCCACCUCUCACCCCACAUUGCUGCCCUCAGGGCCCUCAGCCGCCUGGAGCUCAAGGGCAACCGUUUGGAGGCACUGCCAGGAGAACUCGGCAGCUGCACGGGACUCAAGAAGGCGGGACUGCUGGUGGAGGAUACCCUUUAUGAGGGUCUUCCUGCAGAGGUGCGGGAGAGGAUGGAGGAGGAAUGAAGACAGGGUGGAGAAGGUGGAGGUAGAGGCCUUUGGAUGCUUCUGCCCCAGCAGUGUCUUCCAUGAGAAAGGGCCACUGGGUCCAGCCAGGAGAGGAGAGGCAGACAUGUCAGCUUUGUGGGGUCCAGGAAAGAUCCUGGGACUGGUUUGUCUAGAGAGACACAGGAAGUUGUGGAUUUGGGGUGGAACCCCAUACAGAAGGAUUAACUCAAGAAUUCUCAGACAAAAGCCACACCUGUGUCUUUGGCUGUUUGGCAUGCCCUCCCUCUGGACAUUCCAGCUCAAUUAGUGUCACAUAUGGGAGUGGGGACACAUCCCGAUGGGAUUUCCAACCCUCCCACCACCAACAAAGCAGCUUACAUCUGGGGUUCUCUCCCAAGGAGAGGACACAGACACA